AGACGCUCACAAUGUGUUUAUCUUCACACUGAAAACUAAGAGUCACUGUGUGACAUUACGAAGGACAUAUGCCAAGCAGAGGUACUCACAAAGGCUCAAGAACCAAUCUGAAGAACCUGAACACAUUCACAGCUCUCAUAGUUCAGGAGAAAUGAUGGCUCUGCCAAGAUUUCGCAAGCGCAAGUUCACUGAUGCUGAGCUAGAUGUUCUCAUAACAGAGGUGACCAAACAAGAGGAGGCGCUGACCAGGCAAAGGAACGCUCUAACAAUCCAGGAGAAGUAUAAGAUCUGGUUCAACAUUGCCGAACGGGUGAGCGCAGCCUCGGGACUGCAGCGAUCCAUCGUUGACGUGAAGCGACGCUGGCAAGACCUGAGGCGCCGGACGAAGGACAAGGUCAACAUGGCGCGGCAGAACCUCAGGGUUAACAGUCCGUCUUCCUCCUUGUUCUCCCUGUCCAUAGCCCUGGCUGAGGAGAAGAGGUAUACAGACGGAGUGGACAGACACAUACCCCUAGAGGUUAAGAUGAAGGAGGAGAGUGAGACGGUGUGUUAUCCCAGUGAAGAUUUGUUCAUGAACAUAAACACCACCGGUGGAGAGGUAAGCCAUCAGUCUGCUGAUGAUCUGCCAUCACCGGUCCAGGACCCCCACCCUCAGGACUCCUCUGAUUCAUGUCCACCCACCCUACCAGACGCAGAACCAUCCAGUUCUACAUCUCUGUCACACCGUCAGAUGCAGGUCAGCGUCAAGGCAGAACCGCCUGAGCCUGCUGAUCUGAGCCGUCUCAUUGGCGGAAUGCCUGGCAGUGAAUUCCCAAGAUGUUGCUCAAAAGUGAGCCCACAGCCAGGGGGAGGGGUGGCAGCUGCCCCACAGAGGGCGUUCAGCAUCCCCACGCAGUUCGCCUCCCUGAGCCCUUUCGAGGAGCAGCUCUUGGCAGUUCACCGGGAGCAGGCGGCGGCCAUCCGCGAGGGCUUCCGUUCACUGGCUCAGCAGAACCGGCUCCUCUACCUGGAGGUCUGCGAGACCAACCGGAAUGUGGCCAGGAUUGCCUCAGCGGUGGCCGAAAAGGCUGUGAGCUCCUCUGGCGUGGCUGAAGAGCUGAUCCGAGUGCAGCAGAGAAUAAGCGAGAGCAUUGACUCAACUAACAAUCUCCACACUCGGGUGAUCGACCUGAUGUUCGCACAGAAGGAGCGCCCUAUCAUUGUCAUGCCCGGUGAAGGUAAAGGCAUGAAUCUCGGACCCAGUGGGGAUGCAGGCAGUAUGUGCCAAGCUGAUUCAUGAUAACAUGAUGUGGACGAUUUGGCAAUAUUGCGGUUCGUUUCCUCAUGAUUUCAAUACAGUAAUGGGCUUUCAAUGAAUCCACUCUAACUUAGGGCUGGGUGGUUCCGCCCACCGCAUACAUGUAUAUGUCAUUCAUAUGGACACACACAAUACAUCAUGAUCAAAAGUGAAAGUGUCACGACAGUAUUGCUGAAAGAACUUAAAAUAAAAGGAUGUGUUAAGUGAAUGAAUGAAGUACACAAAUGCAUGCAUUCAUUCAUUCACCACAUUCUUUCAUCUGAUGUCAAGGACUUCAUCAGAUCAACAGAGUGCUACGGGUCCUUAUUUAAGUGCACACACUGUUCUGACUAAAGAUGGAUGCUAAUGGCCCGGUAGGAGCAAACACUUUCAAGUGAUGCACACAUAAACCCAGGUUACUUCUGCAGUUUGACUGCGAUUAACCUCUAACACGGCCAUAGCGUGAGGGGGAUCUGCAUAACUGCGCUGCUUUGUCGUUCUACUUAUGUGAUCACUUGCAAGCGCUAAUAAUAACCAGUUUCACUUCCCCGCGGAUACACUUUGCGCUUUGUGAACUUCUCAAACUACAGAUGAGUGUUUCAAUACGAGAAGUGUGAAGUGAAACUGUGGCACUGGUGACCGUUAGAACCUCAGUGAGGCUAUAUUUCUGUCUUACGAGGGAUGUAAUGCUGUGUUUUUCAAAUGAAUCUCUUAAUUGAAGUUCACUUCAAGUGUCUCUCUCUGAAGUACCCGCGCAAGCCAGCAGAACCACAGUGACUUAACUAUUGGUGGUGUGAUCUAUUUGUGGUUUUCCAGCUUCCAUAAUAAACUGUCAUUCAUGACUGCAAGUGCUUAUUUCAUUAGGUAUUUCAUUAGCUAUUUACAGUACUUUAGAAGGCCAUUAGGUGGAGCAGCAUGCAGGGAAUGUUACAAUGAUGAUGGCUACCAUUGUCAGCUAUGUUGUUGACCUGACCAUGUCGAUGUUGCAGUAUUCUUUUUAUGAGAAUGCUGCAGGCAAGUUAGUUAGUCAAGU